GCUGUUUAUAUACGACACCGUUCCAAAUUAUUCCAACGUAGAUAAAGCCUGUCUGGAAGACAUUUACUGUCGUUCACCGCCUGUUUAAGUUUCUUGUUUGUGGACAAAGAAACUGGACUUUUGUGUCACAAAGAUGGAAAAAAGCAUCAUUAUAUUGUUAUGUAUCUUCAGUGCUGUUUCCACAACCCAAGCUUACCUGUUAGGCGGAACAACCAAUGUAUACUCUCACGACUGUCUACCGCCGGCGUGCAAAGGGUGCGGCUAUUUCAAUUACGCAAGUCCGAUUGCAACCGUCAACGAUUUCCUGAUUACGUGCAACAGGGCCCAGUUGUCGACAUUUCCAACGGUUAAUUCAAUAAACAUCAGUCAAAAUAGUGUUAAGAUAGAUCUUAGUUCUAAUUACUUUACAAAUAUACCAGGAAAUGUCUUCCACCAAGUUCAUCUUCAAAGCCAGGCAAAGGUCACAAUGAAGCUGGACUUCAACUCCAUUUCUGGCAUCGAUGGAAACGCUUUUAAUGGCAUAUCAAUGCAGAUAACAAGUCUAGAUCUCUCCUAUAACCGACUAGAUAACAUACCGUCGGCUAUUGGUACGCUAAAUAACCUCAGAUCCCUGUACUUAAAGGAAAACCCGCUAAGCCAUGUAGACAAUUCCGUUACGACAGGUUUUAGCCACUCUUUAACAUAUUUCAAUUUUGAUUUCGAUUAUCUUCCAUCAUGGCCAAAUUCUUUCAAAAACCUAUCUGCUUUGGAAUAUCUAGAAAUUAAUGACAUAGCAAAUGAGCUGAUUGACGCCAGCAUUUUUGACGGGUUUGCAAAUUCCCUGAAAGAACUUUCUUUACUAUAUGAUGUGCGAGAUAACGGUCCGAACUUCCUUACAAUUCCGCCAGCAGUUACACAUUUGCAAAACCUUCAAACUUUGACUAUAGGAGGAGAGGUCUAUUGUACUUGCAAUCUGUCUUAUCUUAAGAACUGGCAGGUGCCAAGUUUUAUCAAAGCUGCAGGAAAAAGUUUUCUUCCUUGUAACGAUUCUAAUAUACUUGUUGAUGAUUACAUUCAUACAGUUGGGCAACAAUGUCAUUAAUGAAUGUAUUAGUGUUUUCGUUAUAAAUAUUUUGGAAAAAUAUUAAAUUGGAAAGUUUAUUUCUCUAUCCAUCUUUA